UAGGGUUUGGAUAGGAGAGAAAAAAGAGUACACUUUAGAUAUUUUAGUAGAAUUUAUCAGCAGUUGACAUUAAUUUGUUCUGGAAAAGGGGGUUUAAGAUUUAUAUGUCUUCUAAAAGAUGGAAAAAAGAACGAAAUAAACUAGGAAAGAAAUGGUACAGUUUAUUAAAUGGCUUCGAAGCAGACGCAAAGUGUUAACAAUAGUUUUGUUUCUAGGCUUUAUGUAUUCAGUGAUGUUGUUGAUCAGGGGUAGUGAUAUAACAGACGCAAUUCACUCAUCCUCCAUCGCAAAUGAGGAGCGAAGAAAUGCAUCGACACUUUAUCUCGCAUCUAGCAGUGGAAUACGUCGAAAUAAUUUUACAUUAAAAAAUAUAUUACCAGACAAUUUGACUGUAAUUGAAGAGAGGCCAUCUAUUAUGAAAAAUGGUCGUGCGAAUAUCAGUAAGCGAUUUCAUGGGAAAGAUUUAGCGAAUCCUGCUUACACUAUAGCGGAAUGGAAAGUAAAGGCGAGGGAAAAUAACCAGUUUCUUCAGGAAAUUCUUAGUCAAAGCUACUACCAUCCUGAUUCAAAGAAAAUUGUAUCGCGAUACUUUCUAGGAGGGAAUUCUACGUUUCUUCAACAACACGAGCCAAUGAAGACACAACUUAAAAACAACUACGACAUUAACAAAGAUCUAAUCGUAUUUGUUCACAUACAAAAGACAGGCGGGAUGUAUCUCAACGAGCGGUUCCGUAAGAACCUAAAGCUGGAUUUUCCGUGUAACUGUAAAAAGUUGCCCUGUGGCUGCCUGAACAAGCAUCACCGGAUGUGGAUGUACACGAGCGUCUUUUCGGGUUGGCCAUGUGGCUUGCACGCGGAUUGGACCCAGAUGCACUCGUGCAUCCCACAACUCGCGGAUAAGGUGGACAAGGAGCAUCGAGAACGAAGGUACUUCUACAUGACACAACUGCGGGACCCGCUUGACCGCUACAUUAGUGAGUGGAAGCAUCAGGCCAGAGGUAAUCACUGGGAGGACUCCUUCUACAUAUGUGCAGGGGGCCAUGCCGAAUGGGGUCAAGUCCGACCUUGCUUUCUCACAGACAACUGGCGCGGCGUCUCAUUGGACGAUUUCAUGAAAUGUAAAUAUAACCUAGCAACCAAUCAGAUGGCGCGGAUGCUAGCAGACUUGGAGCGCUCGAAUUGUUACGAGCAUUUCCACGAGGAAAAAUAUAAAAGACAACGAGCCCUUCAGUGGGUAUCAUCAGCUAAGGAGAAUUUACGUUCUAUGGAGUACUUUGGUAUGAUGAACCAACCUGAGCAAUCGGACAAACUGUUCAGUAAAGUGUAUUCUUUGGAAUUUAAGUCAAAAUCGGUCGGUAAGACUACCGGUAGUUCAACAAGCAGAGUAACGAAACAACAGUUUUUGAGGCUUAUUCAGCUUACAGAAUUGGAUAUUCAUGUGUAUAUUUUUGCAAAAGAUUUGUUAAAUCACCGGGCCCCAGUUUCUCGAAACUUCUUAAGUCCCUUGUAACAGGAUUAAGCAAAUCACACUAUUUUUCUUUGUCUUUAAUUCGCUUAAUAUCAACUUCAAUAAGAGUUAUUAGACUUUAAAUAGGAAUUACUGUCAUGGUUAUCACAAUAAACCAUAUUUUAUUUAUUAAAUAUCACAUUUAAGUAUGUGUUUGUCUAAUUAAAAUAAGCUAUAUCAGUCUAUUUAGCUUAAGAAGUUUCGAGAAAUUGGGGCCGGCUUAGAAACUAAACAAACAAAACACAUACCGAUGUAUUCCCUUCAUUUUGCGUCUGUUCUCAAUAAAACGUUUCAGCAAUGUAUACUGUGUGUAUACCACGUGGUAAAUUACGUCAUAUAUGCUACGCCGGAAGGCAACAUUUUGCUUAAAAUGAACACUUAAAUCAAAGAUAACUUUUAUUUUACAACACCAUUUUAAAUGAAACAAAGGGCAGACUAUGUCGCUUAAAGAGCCCCGCAUUUGUUUUUUUAUCGAUAUUUGAUAAAAUCAUUAGUUAAUCAAACACUUCGACAAGCCUGUUUCCAAAAUCAUGUUUUGACAGUGCUCCGUCAGACGGCCGUAUUGUGAAAAAGUUUGUCCAAGAGUUUAAAGAAAUUAAACUCGCAAUCAAACUCUGGUAAAAGGCCGAAUGCAGGGCUCCGGAAGCAACAUAGACUGCGCUUUUUUUCAUUUAAAAUGGUGAAGAAAUAGUGCAGUUAUCUUUGUUUAAAGUCUUUUUUUUUCAAAUCAAAAUAUUGCCUUCCGACGUAGCAUUAAUGAUGCAAUUUAUCUCGUGGUAUACACACACUGAUGUACAUAUCAGCAGGUAAAUGUCAGAAGAGUAUUCAGGUAGUGUUUAUAUUCUUUACACAGAUAGUUCCAAUAUAAUUGCAUGUACAUUGUUGACACCAUAAAUUGGCCAAAUUUGAAAAGUUGUCGCCACUUUUGCGAUUCCACAGACACUAUUUUACAUACAUCAAGUAUUUUAUAGAAUGGAACCAUAGUCAAACUUGUCAUAAUAUUGAACAUGCAGUUACAUUCUUUAGUAUAUUGUUAAGUUUAUUUGUGUAUGAGAUUAGUAAACAGUUCAUAAACGUUUGUGAUUUUGGUUUCUUAUGUGUAUAUACUUGUAUGUGCUGAAAUGUUUAUAUGUGUUUUUAGUUAAUAUAUUAUUAUUAUGUGUUAUGAUAAUAAGGUGAAUUUUUCUGUUGUUCAAUUUUACC